AAUGGAGCAGCCCGGGAAGCCAGAGGCGGCCAGCCCGGAGCACGAGUCGCCACCGCCGCUGCUCUCCUCAGGCACCCGCGCUCCCCCCGGCCAGAGGCGAAGCAUCCGGAGCCCGGCGGGGAGCCAUGGGCGCGCUGCCCGCCAGCCGGCUCCUGGGCUGCCUGCUGCUCUUCUCCUUCCUCUCGGCGGCCCCUGCGGGCCGGGCGGACUUCGCCGAGCCGCGGGGCAGAGCCGCCAGGAUCAAAGUCAACCCCCGCGGCAGCCUCUGGGCCACAGGUCACUUCAUGGGGAAGAAGAGCAUUGCGGCCUCCCCACUUCUGGAGUCUCCGGAAGAUGCUGCAGCAAACUCCAUCCCAGUGGCCUUCAGCCCGACUCUCCGAGCUGUCUUGCAGGACAUGAAAGAGCUGCUUACCAGAGAGCUCCUGAAAAUCCUCUUGCAAGAGAGACUAAUAGAUGAGAACCAAGGAAAAUCUGAGCUUCAAAACCAGACGGGACUGGUAAUGAAGGUGCUGGAGAAAUACCUUUCAAACUGAAGAAGGGAUGAAGGGGCCGUGUACAUAGAUGACUGAGUCCGGCAUCAGGAAGGCCUGGCUGGUUUGUAGUGAACACCAGGGAAUGUUUGAAUUAUGGUUCUGUGGCGCUACAUCACUCUUAUGAUUUAGUAUUACUGUAAUAUUGUGAAUAUUGACCAUCUGUAUGAAGAAAGUCCCAAAGCCCCAACUGUAUAUUUCCCUUGCAUUUUCUGCAUUACUGCUGAGGUCAAAGAGCCCUUGUGAAUAAAACUAACUCUUUA